CAGUGGCACUUCACACACAAAUACGUACACACAGGUUGUACUUUUCGUCGCCAAUGAUCACAGGUGUUCGAUCGAAAGAUCCGAUCGGUCCCAAGUGGUCCAGUCAUCUUCGUCUAGUGUCGUAAAACGCGUAUAACUCGCAAAUGAAAAACGAGUGAUAUUGUGUCAAGAAAAAAAAAUCGUGUAUCUGUAUGGGUUAAACAUUUUUUUUUUUUUUUUUUGUGCUCACAAUGUCAAAUUUUCUUCUCUUCGGGACGUUGUUUUUUCGUGUCCCCAGGUGGCUAUAAUGUGACUUAGUGCCCGUGGGAAAUGUGAGAACCCGUCAAAGAUCGGAACGAGUGCAAAAAAAUGGCUUUCUUAUGUCCUGUACGUAUUCGUCGAGGAAAGAAGAAGAAACCUGGAGUGCAUAAUUUUAAUUUGGAGAAAGAUGGAGUUGGAGGUCUUGGAAUGGGGACCAGAGUGCCAUUACCACCUGGACGAAUAACAGGAAGUGCCAGUAUAGAAACUUUAGUUCGAGUUGGAAUCGAAAAGGAAAAUGGACUUUCGCCUGAUAGUAAAAUGGUUAUAAUUCAUGAUUUCACUCCGUGUGUGGAUGAUGAGCUUCAAGUCAAAAGAGGCCAGAUUGUAAAUGUCCUCUAUAGAGAGAAUGACUGGGUUUAUGUGAUAGCGGCUGACACAAGAAUGGAGGGUUUUGUACCUCAUUCGUAUUGUGCACCGUAUACAUCACAACUCGCUGAAUCCACAUUAGCCACACUAAUGAACAAUGUAAAGAAAAAACUUCCUCGUUUGAAUGAUAAUGAAGGCGAUUUAUCAAGUACAGGAAGAUCACAGGGAUUGGAUGCACAACAAACUGAUACUGGUUCUGCAUCCGAUUGUGAAAGUUAUGCAAGAAAUAUCACAACUGCUGAUAUAAAUGUUAAUCGUUCUAAUGUAUCACAAUCGCAAAAUUCGAUACAAACAACGCAAUCCCAACCGGAUGUGCAUCCAUUUUUCAAGGAUCCAUCGGCUGGAAGAUAUAUUGUUUUAUAUACAUUUGUUGCACGAGAUGAAAAUGAUGUGAGUGUUGAGAGAGGUGAAUUUGUUACUGUAUUGAAUCGUGAUGAUCCUGAUUGGUUUUGGGUUCUACGACAUUGUGACGGUAAUGAAGGUUUUGUGCCAUCUGGUUUUGUCUAUCCUGGUCAUGUGCUUCAUUCCUAUGCAGCAAUAACAACUGCAACGACAACAACUUCCCCUGGAGAUUCCCAUGUAUUAGGAGCGAGCAAUGGUAAUGUCUCUGGAAGUGAACAGUUGCAGCAAAAAGAUUUAAGGGAUUUUCGUGAUGAGACAACAGGAACCGAAUUAGUUGUGCUUUAUGAUUACAAGGCGCAGGCGCCGGACGAUUUAUCCGUGAGACGUGCUGAUUGGAUUUAUGCUGAUCUCGGAAAUCAAACGGUGGAUGGAUGGCUUUGGGCAUAUGCCCCAAAAACACGAAAAUAUGGUUUUAUUCCCAAGGCCUAUGCCCGUCCGCCAGCUAUGACAAGUCUAUAAUAUUAAUAUAGUCUAUAUAUAUAUAUUGUAUCCCGUACUUUUUAUAACUUUCGAAUAAUAUACACUUUUUCUAUACAGAAA